AACUGAACUCUCAUCUCUCAACACUGGCAAAUAUUCAUAAGAUCUACCACACCCUUAAUAAGCUAAAUCUAACAGAAGACGUUGGCCAAGACGAUCACCAAACAGGAAGCCUGCGGUCUUGCAGUUCUUCAGACUGCUUUAGUAAAGUGAUGCCACCAAGGAAAAAGAGAAGACCUGCAUCUGGAGAUGAUUUAUCUGCCAAGAAAAGUAGGCAUGAUAGCAUGUUUAGAAAAUAUGAUUCAACUAGAAUAAAGACUGAAGAAGAAGCCUUUUCAAGUAAGCGAUGCUUAGAGUGGUUCUAUGAAUAUGCAGGUACUGAUGAUGUUGUAGGUCCUGAAGGCAUGGAGAAAUUUUGUGAAGACAUUGGUGUGGAACCAGAAAAUGUAGUUAUGCUUGUCCUAGCCUGGAAAUUGGAUGCACAAAACAUGGGUUAUUUUACUCUGCAGGAAUGGCUGAAAGGGAUGACUUCUUUACAAUGUGAUACCACAGAAAAACUAAGAAAUACUUUGGAGUACUUAAGAUCGUUAUUAAAUGACUCUACAAACUUUAAACUUAUUUACAGAUAUGCGUUUGACUUUGCACGGGAAAAGGACCAGCGCAGCCUAGACAUAAACACUGCCAAGUGCAUGUUGGGACUGUUAUUAGGAAAAAUCUGGCCCCUUUUUCCAGUUUUUCACCAAUUCUUAGAGCAAUCAAAAUAUAAAGUCAUUAACAAAGACCAGUGGUGCAAUGUGUUAGAGUUCAGCAGAACAAUUAAUCUUGACCUCAGCAACUACGACGAAGAUGGAGCAUGGCCGGUUUUGCUGGACGAGUUCGUGGAAUGGUAUAAAGACAAACAGAUGUCAUAGGACUUUAUGCACGGCAGCGAGAGAGUCACUGU